CGUCAUGUCCUUCCCGUGGUGCUUUGCGAACCCAAAUUGAACAGUCGGCAAAAGAAAACAUUUGUAUUUUGAUAGCUGUCUUAAAUUGUAUAAAACGCAAGAAAACAAAACGUUUUGACGGGAGUUGGCACUGUUAGGAGCAGUACAUAAAAGGUGCGCUGCGAGAAGAGUUUACCGGGGGCGGCUUCAUGGAUCAGGACUAUGAAUGCAGACUGCUCAGGCAGAUCAACAUCCAAAAUGAGAAUGCAAGCCCCAUAAAAGCUGUGGGAGCUGUGCGAGCACUGACACCCACCAGCUCCCCCUUGUCCUCCCCUAGUAAGCAUGGUGAUCGCUUUAUUCCCUCCCGGGCCGGCGCCAACUGGAGUGUCAACUUCCACCGCAUCAAUGAAAUUGAAAAGUCCCACAAUCAAAAUAGGAAAACCAAAGAUGGCACAACAGACAGCAACAAAGCGGAUGGUCUGGCUUACUCAGCUCUACUGAAGAACGAGCUGUUGGGAGCAGGCAUCGAGAAAGUCCAAGACCCCCAGUCAGAAGACCGUCGUCUGCAGCCAUCUACUCCUGCCAAAAGAAGCCUUUUUAGUUAUUCUGUGAGUACUAAGAGAGCGCUACCAGAAGAAGAUGGUAAUACGGUUUCUCCUUAUUCUCUUUCACCUGUCAGUAGUAACAGUCAGAAACUCCUACGAUCGCCAAGAAAGCCCACACGCAAAAUAUCUAAAAUUCCAUUCAAAGUCCUGGAUGCCCCCGAGCUUCAGGACGACUUCUACCUCAACCUAGUGGACUGGUCCUCUCUGAACGUGCUUAGCGUUGGUCUGGGAACAUGCGUCUACCUGUGGAGUGCCUGCACUAGCCAGGUGACGCGUCUGUGUGAUCUCUCUGUAGAAGGAGAUUCAGUAACAUCAGUGGGCUGGUCAGAGAGGGGUAACCUGGUUGCCGUUGGGACUCAUAAAGGAUAUGUACAGAUCUGGGAUGCAGCAGCGGGCAAAAAGCUAUCUGUACUAGAAGGACACACUGCCAGAGUGGGUGCCUUGGCAUGGAAUGCAGACCAGCUGUCGUCUGGGAGUCGGGAUCGUGUGAUCCUGCAACGGGACAUCAGAGCCCCGCCUCUUCAAUCGGAACGCCGCCUCCAAGGACACAGGCAGGAAGUUUGUGGGCUCAAGUGGAGCACAGACCACCAGCUGCUAGCUUCAGGUGGAAAUGAUAACAAGCUUCUCGUUUGGAACCACUCAAGCGUCCUCCCAGUGCAGCAGUACACAGAGCACUUGGCUGCCGUAAAGGCCAUCGCCUGGUCCCCUCACCAGCACGGACUUCUGGCGUCCGGAGGAGGAACCGCGGACCGCUGUAUUCGCUUUUGGAACACUCUAACCGGACAGCCGCUGCAGUGCACCGACACCGGCUCCCAGGUCUGCAACCUGGCCUGGUCCAAGCACACAAAUGAGCUGGUCAGCACACACGGGUAUUCCCAAAACCAGAUCCUGGUGUGGAAGUACCCCUCCUUAACUCAAGUGGCCAAACUUACAGGACAUUCCUACAGAGUACUCUAUCUGGCCAUGUCUCCUGAUGGAGAGGCCAUCGUGACGGGGGCUGGAGACGAAACACUUCGCUUCUGGAACGUUUUUAGCAAAAUGAGAUCCACAAAGGAAUCUGUGUCCGUGCUGAACCUCUUCACCAGGAUCCGGUAGUAAGCGCCCCCUGUACUGCAAGGCAAUAAAGCAUGACGGGAGGGGAAUCUAUGUUUGCGUGUCUUGAUAUGUUAUCAGGCCCCUCAGUCACCCUUAGUUUACCCGGCCAAGUUGCAGCAGAUGGUGGCAGAAGUGGAAGAGGUGCACAGCCUGGGCGUUUGAGGGCCGAGAACAUGCUUACAGGACAUACAGUAUUCCACCUCCUCCUUGACGAUGGCCCCGCUGCCUCCUCCCAAAUAAACAGAGAUCUCUAAGGGGUUUCAUAGAGAUAUUCCCCUGUAGGAUGCUUUGUUUACACACCGAUGUUGUGCAUACCUGCCAAAUAUUGAGUUUGUCAUUUUGAUUGUCUAUUUAUUUUAGUUUGUUGUUGUUUUGUUUUUGUUUUUUUAACAAAAAAAAAAGAUUUCUUACCUAGUGUGUUUGCUUUAAACUGGGUAGAUUUCCUUUUAUGUAACAGCAGUAUUUGGUCUGAUCUGUGGAAAGUGUUUGGUUUUGUUUGGGCGUGAAGGAGGAAUUCAAGGUUCUUCUCGCAUUAAAUGGAGGAGCAGUGAUGUUCCAUGUGCACCGAUAACAUGUUACAUAAUCUUGUUAAAUUACAAGGCCUGUUAAUGGUUAACCAUUGGAUGAUCUCUUUUUUUUUUUUUUAAAUCUGACAAUAAUUUCAUUUUAUUCUGAACAUACUAGGCUGCACUGGAAAGCAGUGUUUCAUAAUUACAGCAUGCAGCGUGUUUUAGGAGAAUAUAACUGGCAACAUUGUGAAUUAGAACAACUACUUACAACAAAGAUCAGCCAUUUCUUUUUAAUGUGGCUUGUGUCGAAGCCCUUCGUUCAUCUUUUCCUCACAAUCAAGAUUAAUGGAACCAGAAAUACUUACUUAUCAGUGUAGUGUGUAUCAGCAGCUAAAGCGCACCGUUUAAAGGUUUGGGAUUAAACCAGAUGCUGUAACUCUGUUCUGUGCAAAGCGUCCUGCUUUGUUACUGUGCCUGCUAAGAUAUUCACGCUUGGGGCACUUCACAGCAUUUCUGUGCAUAGCAGUCAUGCUUUUAUACUUUUAUUUUUUCAUCUGGAAAACGAAAUCCUGUAAUCUGCAGCCUUUUCUCCCAGUUGUGUUCCUUCUGUUCCCCCCGUUGUGUGCUCGAGUCAACUGGCAUGGCCACACUAAGGUGAAUGCUAUUUAUUUGUGUUGUGAAAGGUUCGUGUACAGAGGUGGCGCUUGUUUGUUUGUUAAUGUUACCUGCAGAAAAGCUGAAGGCGUCACAUCAAAAAUCAAGACUCUGCUGCCAACUUGAAUUUCAAGAAUGUUAAAAAGACAAAUAUUUCUGUACAUAGUGAUAAUCAACAAUUUAAAUGACCAUAUCUCCA